CGAGAGCGGCGCCCGUUGACGCGCAUGCGUGCGGGAGGGGCGGGCUGUUAACGGCCUCCGCGGGAGAAUUCGAAUGGUUUAUGAAUUAAGCACUGUAGGAAGAACAGUCCACCAUGAUGAAACGUGAAACAUUUCUGCAAGCUGUAUCCAAAAAUACUAUUGAAAAUUUCUUGCGUUUUAUCAAGCUUCAUCAAGAUGUAUUUGAUCCAUUUGAUUUGAAUGAAUUGCUUCAAGAGUUACCAAGAAAGCAAAAGGAAAUAUUAUGGGAGAGGCUGAAGCAUCUGUUAACGCAAGUUUUGGUAGAGAAUCCAGUGGAAGAAUGGCAGAGGCUUGAUGAUGAAAGUGAUGAUGAUAUGGAAAUAGAAGGAACUCUGCAAAUGAAACAAAUCAUAGCUGUGAUCCAGGGAGUGACCACUGUAGUUGCUUCUUCAGUACCUGUUGUAGAUGAGAAUAUAAACUACAAAGCUCUUUUAGAAUGUGCUCUCAUAUUAAAUGGUAUUCUUUAUGCAUUACCUGAAUCUGAAAGAAUCCUACAGGGUGCCAUCCAGCACUUAUGUGAAAUAUGGUGGAAAAAAGGACUUGAAGAAAAAGAACAACUAGGGAAAACUGCAUUUAUUAUACUGCUGAGAAAAAGUCUGAAGAGCAAAAUUGCUACAGGAGCAGAUGUAAGUCAUCUAUGGCAUCUACAUCAGGCAUUACAGUGUUUUGAUUAUGACCUGGAAGAAAGUAAUGAAGUAAAAGAUUUGUUGCUUCAGUGCUUUAUGAGCGUUACCCAUAUAAAAAAAGAAGAGGGAAGAAGAUUCCUUAGCUUUUUGUUCAGCUGGAAUGUAAACUUCAUUAAAAUGAUCCAUGGGACUAUUAAAAACCAAUUGCAGUGUUUUCCAAAAUCGCUGGUGAUGCAUGUUGCAGAAAUUUAUUUCAGGGCUUGGAAGAAGGCUUCAGGAGAGAUUUUAGAGACCAUUGAAUAUAAUUGCAUUCAGGAUUUCAUGCAUCAUGGAAUUCAUCUUCCUAGAAAUUCUCCUGUGCAUCCUAAAGUGAGAGAGGUGCUGAGCUAUUUUCACAAACAAAGUAAAGUUCGUGAGGGAGUUGAAGAAAUGCUGUAUAGAUUAUAUCAACCUAUACUUUGGAGAGCAUUAAAGGCUAGAAACUCAGAAGUUCGAUCAAAUGCAGCAUUGUUGUUUGUUGAAGCAUUUCCUAUCCGUGAUCCCCACUUUAACAACGAGGAGAUGGAUAAUGAUAUGCAGAAACACUUUGAAGAACUUUUUAAUCUGUUAGAAGAUCCGCAUCCAUUGGUUCGCUCUAUAGGGGUACUUGGCGUUAGUAAAAUAACAUCCAAAUACUGGGAGAUGAUACCUGCACCAAUUAUUGCUGACCUUUUAAAUAAGCUAAUUGCAGACCUGGCUUUUGAUGUAACUUCAGCUGAUGUUCGUUGCUCAGUUUUUAAGUGUCUGCCUAUAAUUUUGGAGAAUGCACUGAGCCACCCAUUACUGGAGCAGCUCCUGCCAGCAGUAAAAUACAGUCUCCAUGACAAUUCUGAGAAAGUGCGAGUGGCUUUUGUUGAUAUGCUGCUGAAAAUUAAGGCUGCCAGGGCUGCGAAGUUCUGGAAAAUCUGUCCCAUGGACCAUCUUUUGACCCGCCUUGAAGUUGAUUCACGUCCAGUAUCACGGCGUAUAGUAAAUCUCCUGUUCAACUCUUUCUUGCCUGUUAAUCAACCUGAGGAGGUGUGGUGUGAACGUUGUGUUACGCUAAUUCAGAUGAAUUCGGCAGCGGCCAGAAAAUUCUACCAGUAUGCUUAUGAGUACACAGCCCCUACCAACAUAGCCAAAUUGAUGCUCACUAUUCGGCGUUGCUUAAAUGCCUGCAUCCAAAGGUCAAAAGAGAAUCAAAGUGAUGAUGACAAAGAUGAAGAAAGUGAAAAGGAGAACAUAAGUGUGCUGAAUAAUGUGUUGUCAAUAAACGAUGCAACUUCCAUGGCAAGUUUACUUGAGAUUACUGUAAUUCUCUGGAGAAGUAUACACAAAGCACUUAAUCAAAAUGAAGAAGCCAAGGUCUACACAAUCAGAAAGUUUGCUUCUGUACUACCAGAGUAUUUUAAAGUAUUUAAGGAUGAUUGUUGUGUGAUUCCAUUAAUUAUCCUGGCAUCUUUCAUGCCUGCUUCUGCUAUCCCAACAUUCAGCUGUGGUGUGAUCUCUAAAUUGAGGAAUCUUCAGAAAGGAGCUGAUGAAAACAAAUAUUCCACCCUUAUUGACUGUUUGUGUCGGUGGGGACAAGUUGGACAUGUUGUAGAACUAAUCUGUGAUUGGAUAUCUGAUGAGCUAACUCCUAGAAAGAACAUUACAGCAUCAGGAAGGCGAGUUCGUAUCCAAGUAACACAAGAGUCCAAGCCAGAAUUAGCACUUAAUUAUGUUGAAUACUUACUGACACAUUCCAUGAAUCGGGAUUGCCUACUCUCUAUCCCCAAAAAGAAACUCAGCCAGCUUUUGAAAGCACUGGCUGCUUCAAAGGAGGUUCUUGGCUCAAUUCUGAAAUCAACUGAUACAAACUCUCAGAGCACCAAUCAAGCAAUUUCCCUACGAGCCUUUACUCUCUACUGCAGAUUAAGUAUUCAUCUUCAACACAAGUUUUCCUCAGAUGGGGAAGUUUACCUGUCACUUUUGAAGGCGACCGCUGCUUGGAUAGAAAGUCAAGUUCUACCUUCUAUCCUCAUGGAUGAACAGGAGGCAGAUAUUUCAACACACAUUGAAGUUUCUCAGCUAAUCAUCCAGACAUAUCUGACAGUGUGUAAAGACGUUGUCAUGGUUGGGCUCGGAAAUUCAGAGUUCCAGGCAUGCCUUUUAGACUUUACACUUUCAGUUAUCCAAACAGAGAGAGGCUACUUUUCUAUUCCAAGUUUGCUGUGUGUUCUGAAGGAGAUUACUGAAGCUUCCUUGGCUCAAAACAUUGAUACUAAUGAAGAGGUGGCAGCACUUCUGCAUGCUGUUCAGACUGUGUUUCAGAAAGCUCUGGAAUGUGUGGCACGCAGGCUCAAAAAGCAGAGGGAAGAAGGGCUUCAGUUAAUUCAUUCUAUUCAAGUGCCUCUUGGAGAAUUUGUACACACAGUUCAGUGCUGGCAUUCAGCUUGUCCAGCAGUUCAGCACGGUGUACUCUCCACUCUUCUCGCUGCAACAGUAGUUGAAAUAAGCCAUAUGCUACGAAAGGCUUCAAAUGAAGAAGAAUUUACUUCACCAGGAACCAUUUCAGAUCUUCCUCCUCUUUCUAACAGUUUAAUGGCGAUAAUAAUAAAGUCAACAAAUGUUGUCAGGUCAUUUUUAAAUGAAUUAAUGGAGUGCAUUGUCUCUGAAGAAAUUGAAGGAAUUGUUAGUCUUGCAGCUGCAGCAUCCAUAAUUGUUGUAAUCAAAGGAAAGCACAAGGCUUCUCUUCUUAAGGAUGUUGCAUCUGCCCUUCAAAAGAAACUGAUGACAUAUAAGGAAGUUGCAAUGGAAGUAUCUAGCAGCACUGAAAGAAUCCUGUAUGAAUCUUCCAUGAAAAUUUUGGAUGAACUCUUAAAACCUUGACCACAGAAUUGGCUUCAAGUCAUGAUACUUAAAAGGAAGGUGUAUUGAUUUCUUUAAAAGCCAAAAACAGGAAGUUACCUUGAAAAACAUACUUAACACAGCAUUGAAUUCUAGCCACCUAGAAUGUUUAUAUUAUGGUAGCUUGUGUUUUGUAUAUAUGUAAUAUUGAAUAUUUUAGAAAGUGAAAAGGAUAUUUCAGAACAAAUCAGUUUCUUCCUACUCCCUUAAGAGCUAAAAAUAAUUGUGCAGAACUGUCCUUUUCAAAUAUUCAUAAAUGCUUUGUAGAUACAUAAAUAAUGUGCUUGUAAACACUUUGAAAUUACUAUGAGUGGGUGAUUCUGGACAAAAUCUAUACUUUUUCAGAGAUCAGUAUCUUUUUAUACUUGAAAAUAGUAUUAAUAAAAUGACUGAACUAUCCCUUU